AUGAACUCGUACCCACCUGAACUCUUGGUGCAGCUUGCGCCUGUUAUGUUCGUUGCUGGCCUGGAGCCAGCUGCUGCACCCAAGUCUCCAGCAGCACCUCAUUCUCCCGCGCCGAAGACUCAAGAUCCCUUCGUGACGCUUUCGACCAGACUGAGAGACGCACUAGUCUCCCAGCGCAAAGUUGCUGUGUGGCAGCAUGAGAAGUCAAAGACCUUUCAAGUCGUUCUAGUCGACAAAGAAGUACGGUUCCCCCCGCGUAAGAUAUACCCUCCGGACGAACAGCAAUCCCAUGUUGCCCACUCGCCUCUGUCCCCGCUGACUCCGACCUCGCCUUUAUAUCCGGAUGGCUUAAUUGCACCGAUAUGGAUUCGCAAACAUACCACCCUCGUACCCUCGGUAUUCGUGCUGUUCAUGCGACUAUACGAGCAUCCAGCACAGACUCCUAAGUCACCACUAGAUCCGCCAGAUGCGGACCGAGAGCGCGAGAGAGAGCAGGAGGAACGGCACAGAGACACUGAGCUCUCGGCGGAGAUCGCUCAGCGGAAGAAGAGCACCUCAGAAAGAGGGAUUAAACUAACUGUGGUUUUGAUGGCUAGCCGGAAAAUGCUAGAUGAUCCGUCCCUGGACAGUCGUCUGACCUACAUACGACGGCAAAGCGGUCUGGACUCUAGGGCGUCGUUGUUUGUCUUGAGCCCAGUCACUGCUGCGGAGCUGAAUGAGUUCGUUCAGAGCCUGCAGCAAGCUUUGUGGGACCCGGCAAUCGAGUAUUACACAUCUCACUCGAAACGCGUGCGACGCAAACGAAACCGACAUACGCAAAGUGGUACCUCCUUUUCCUCUGCGCUGUCUCCCUUAGGUUCUGCUGGCGCUCCCCGUCCGCUGAGGUCAGAAGGCUGGACUGUCCGUUAUGAAUAUAAGAUGGCGUGCUUUGCAGAGUUCCGGGGCGAGGAAGAAGUAGCUCUGAAACAUUACCAGGAUGCAUAUGAGAUGUUAGUCACCAUGUUCGGGUUGGCCUCCAUGUUGCCAGCUCGCACCAAACGAUGGGCCGAAGCGAAGGUGUUGGCGGAUUGUAUAAAUGUGAAGAUAUGCAAGCUGUACCUGUAUAAUGAAGAACAUGCACUAGCAUUAUCCCAGCAUAAUUCCCAUGUUCGCAAGUUCUCGGAUCUGUCAAGGAGCUGGGGUAUCGGCGAAGACACCUUCGAAUUCUGGAGCUGGAUGGCUCGACAAUACCGCAUCCUCGCCGAGUUACUAGAACAAGGGAUCAGAGCGAACCUCAAGAUCCCGAGCCAUCGCCCGGCGCCGGCGCUUUCCGCCGCCACACCUACCACCUCAGCGGGACAGCCGGGCGUCGAGAUGGAUGCGAUGCGGUCACUGGGUGUGAAUCCCAGCCAUACACUCCAGCACCCCGGCUUUUAUUACUACACUGCGGCGAGGUGCACUGAGAGGCGCCGAGAGCGGUUCCUGGCCUCAAUAGUAACAAUGCUGCCUCAGGAACCUCGGUCCGUGCCUCCCGGCUAUACCAACGAGAAGAAAGUUGACCACUUGACCAUAAUCUUGGAGCUAUAUACCAAGUCCUACGAGUUAUUCAAACAAUAUGCACCAGCGAAUACCCAGAACCAGGGCCGGCAGACGCUCUACAUCGCGUAUCGGAUAGCUCAGACAUACUAUGACUCCGGCAAAUUUGACAUGGCUGUUCGUUUCUUCGAGCGCAUCGCAAAGACCUAUCGCCGCGAAAGCUGGGGAUCAAUGAUGGCGCCCCUGCUAUCGACGUGGUAUCGGUGCGCCCAGCAACUCGGCGAUGUGGAGUUGAGCGUGAGGCUGCUAAUUGAGAUGAUUGGGCAUGGUGAAGAUCAUCCGGAAGAUUCCUCCGAACUUGCUGAAGAUCUUCUUGCAGUCAUGCAGAGCACAGCACCUUCUUCCUCAGACGAAGCAGUCGUGGUCGAUCUGUCUGAAUCUGAGCCUAUAUUUGAUUCUGAAGUUGUCUUCUGGAAAUCGGAGGCUACAGUUGAGGAAGAGGUGGCCUUCCAGCUUACCCUCACUGCGCCCUCUGGUAUUUCUAUCGCCUCUUUGCCUUUCACGGCACUAUCUGUCUUCUUCUCGGGAGAUGCCCCGUCUUUCACAAUCCAACACGUCACCGAGCCGGAGGCACGCGAGGGGCGAGGUCAUGUGAGACGGGUAGACUUGGGUCACGUUCCUUUACCCGAGUACGAAAUGGAGGCCAGCGGGAAGGAAGUCACUACGCACCUGCGCUGGCAUCCGGGUGAAGCUUUAGUACUUACUGGGAACGUCAAGGCCCCCAUCCCCACCGUCAUCAAGGUAAUCUGCAGAGUAGUGUUGGCCUUGAAAGAGGGUAAUUGGUGGAUUGAAAUACCUUUCGACCCAAAUAUUGCACGAGUGUCAUUCGUUCCCAACCCGAGAUGGUUGUGGUCACUAGAUCCAGUUCGAUAUCUUCCUCUCCAGAGGCUGGAGUACUCAUUCGUGACAAUUCGGUAUCAACCUCAUCAGCUCCGAAUACGCUUGCAUCACCAGGAGCCAGCAUACCUUAACGAAGAAUAUCCUAUCACCAUCGAUAUCACAAAUAUUGAUGGCCGGGAACUCGAGGUGGUUAUAGAUGCCUUACUGCACCCAACGGAACUGGAUGAUGCCGAGGAUCACAUUAGGUUUGGCGAAGAAGAGUCAAGUAGCCUCAUCAAAGGCAUAUCCUUCGGCAUUCUCGCCCCUAGUGUCAAUGUCUUCAAGACAUUAUAUCUGACAAGCACGUGUGCACCGGGAGACAGGAUGCUGGAUAUAUCUAUUCAGUCUCGUUCGACUGCAAGUCUAACGGAACCCAAGAGUCCUGUAUCCCCAGCUACCGACUCAAGUGUGUCGUUAGAUACAAGCGAGGAGUUGCAUACACUGAUUGUUCCGACGGUGGAGGCUAUCAAGGUCAACCAUGAAGUCACAUACAGAAGGACUCUCGAUGAAAGUCAAGAUAUUGACAGUAUCUCAGCCCCAGAUGCCGACUUCUUGACAAGAGCCCAUGGUAUCCACGCGGUCGUGGCGACGACCCUCGAGUGUGUGGGACCUUGGGGUCUCAGUAUCGAGCGUGUUACGCUGCACAGGAAGACAUAUGAUUCGUCACUCAAGAGCAUGGCUGAUCCUUUGCCAGAAUGGCUACCUGGUGACGAAUAUCGUGUUAUCUCUCGGCUGCACCUGACUUUGGACGAGGAUGAAAAUUACGAAGAGAAUCCGGUGCCUGAGCCCGCAAACUACGAAGUAUUCUGGAGGAGGAUCCUUCCGAACGGUGAAUCCGGACCGGCGUCAGUAUCUCGGUUCCCUAUGCCAUCAUUACAGCCACCAGGAGACGGAUUGGUUGCACUAGUCGACGUGCCUUCCACAGCCAGGCUACAUAGUCCCUUGCCCUUGCGUCUUACGGUUCGCAACGGCCAAGUAUCACGAUCCGCCAAUAUCACCGUCCAGCUGGAGCCAGAGCCCUCAGAUGGCUUCAUAGUUGCUGGACUCCGGAGCGGACGCUUACCGAUCCUAUUGCCGGGAGCUGAGGAGACCAUCCUGUGGCAGCUUAUUCCUCUGGAGUGUGGAUUCGUCAAGAUACCCAAUAUCAAGGUCAUAGACAGACGAAAGGCUGCUGCGGGUAGGAACGCAGUUCCUGGAGAGACCGAUACUGAGGGUGAAUCCGUGAAAGUGAUUGACAUACGAUGGGAGGGUAGAGGCACAGAUGGCGGCGAAGAUCAGAUGUACGCCAGGCGCAGCAUGGACUCGACUGAUUCUGAAAGCGAUAGGAGGCCCCCUGUACCCACAAUCCUCGUUCUACCAUGA